AUGAUCUCAACUAUCAGUGGUGGUCCCACCCUGGCUGGAACCUCUAACAACUCCAUCAAGCAUUAUGUCCGCUCCACCUAUGCGCACCAGGUCUUCAGCGCUGAGCAGGGACGCUUGCCGAAGACCUAUAAAUCAGGCUGGGCUCCCAUUACCUUCUGCGAGGAGGAGGAGCGCGGUGUUAUUCUCCCCCAAGAUAACCUAAUCAUUAUCCGCGCCGACAUUUCUAACUUGGUGGGGCGUAUCUUGUUGGACACUGGCAGCUCGGUCAGUGUGAUGUUUGCUGAAGCCUUCAACGAGCUCCAGGUCCCAUCUCACCUGCUUGACCGAAGCAUUACACCCCUGGUGAGCUUCUCUGGUGAGGUGGUCCAGCCCAUUAGAAGCAUUCAUCUCCCAAUCUCUAUUGGAUCGGCACCCCAGUGGAGGACAAUCACCACUCCCUUCCUUAUUAUCGACUGCCCCACAGCCUACAAUGUCAUCCUCGGCCGCCCCGCCAUGGCCCAAAUGAAGGUCUUCAUCUCCACCCAUAUGUUGCUGCUCAAGUUUCCUACGCCUUAUGGCACAGGCACGGUGCGCGGAGACCAACUUGGCCCCCGAAGCUACUAUGCUUCAGCAGUGAAGUCCACCAACCGUCAACAUCGGGGUGAGGCCCUCGCAGCCGAACCUGUGGAAGACCUGGAGCUGGUUACUCUCGAUGAAGACAUCCAGGACCGGCAGGUCAGGAUCGGCACCUCCCUCUCACAGGAACUUCGUUCUGAUCUUGUCGCCUUCCUUCGCCUUAAUUCUGAGGUCUUCGCCUGGUCAUACAAUGACAUGCCUGACAUAUUACCUGAGAUCAUAUCCCAUCGGCUAAGCAUUAAUCCUGCCGUCAGACCCGUUCGGCAGAAGCGUCGUGCUUAUGACCCAGAGCAAUAUGAGGCUAUAAGGGCAAAAGUGGACAAGCUAACUAGCAUUGAAUUUAUCAAAGAGGUGGACUAUCCCACCUGGUUGGCCAAUGUGGUGAUGGUUCGAAAGGGCACAAAGGGCUAG